CUCUCUACCUUCUGCCCCACACCAAAAGUGAUCAGGUGCAUGACCAACACCCCUGUGAUUGUCCGGGAAGGCGCUACGGUCUAUGCCACUGGGACUCAUGCGGACGUGGAGGAUGGGAAGCUCUUGGAACAACUGAUGGCCAGCGUAGGCUUCUGCACCGAGGUGGAAGAGGACCUGAUAGAUGCUGUAACGGGGCUCAGUGGCAGUGGCCCUGCGUAUGCAUUCACUGCCCUGGAUGCUCUGGCGGAUGGGGGAGUGAAAAUGGGACUUCCCCGCAGGCUGGCUGUUCGACUUGGAGCACAGGCUUUGCUGGGUGCUGCCAAAAUGCUGUUAGAAUCUGAGCAGCAUCCCGGUCAGCUGAAGGACAAUGUCUGCUCGCCUGGGGGAGCCACCAUCCAUGCCCUGCACUUCCUGGAGAGCGGUGGCUUUCGCUCACUCCUGAUCAAUGCUGUGGAGGCUUCCUGCAUCCGGACAAGGGAGCUGCAGCAUCUGGCAGAUCAAGAGACGAUCUCCCCAGCAGCCAUAAAGAAGACUUUGUUGGAUAAGGUGAAGCUGGAGUCUCCUUCUCUGUCCGUGGCAUCUGCCAGCAAAGUCAGUCUGUUCACCAAUAAGAGCCCCAGCAGCAAGAAGAACUGACCAGACUGCUGUAGUCUGGCAGUGCUGAACAUCAGCUCCUCCAUGCCCUUUAUUUUUGUCUAAGGAGAAACGCUCACUCUGAAUGUUGGUGUCCCCCAUACCUAGCUCUUGCCUUGCAGCAGCUUUGGGGCAGUGCAACGCUG